UGGGAGAUCCCAGUCACUUCUAUCCGUCAUGGCGGCUCGUGUCCUGGUGCAGUGUGUCCGCUCGCUCGCCCGGCCUUCUCUGAGGCUCUCCUGCGGGAACCUGGCAGUCAGAGCCACUGCUGUUCCGACAACAACUACCCACCGACCCCUCUCUUUCGCUGCAGACAACCGGAAUACGCGGUGGCUCGGACAGAGCCGGAUCUCCUCAGUGAGUGUGUUGUGUAGACAGUAUGGGGACCUGCCUCCCCUCACCCUAGAGUCCAUUAAAGACCGUGUCAUGUACGUCCUCAAGCUCUACGACAAGAUCAACCCAGAGAAGCUGCAAACCGCCUCCCACUUCAUGAAGGACCUGGGUCUGGACAGCUUGGACCAGGUGGAGAUCAUCAUGGCCAUGGAGGAUGAGUUUGGUUUUGAAAUUCCAGAUGCAGAAGCAGAGAAGUUGAUGACUCCUGACGAGAUUGUACAGUACAUCGCAGACAAGAAAGAUGUUUAUGAAUAAUCUGUUGUAUAGCUCAUAGAGAAUGGAGGACCCCUACACAGGAAGUACUUGUAAAGCAGAUGGACGCCAAAACCAUUUCUCACUUCCUCCUCGGCUCUUGUCCAGUGCGGCAUCGUCGGUGUCAGCUGCCGUGUCUUGUGUUUGAGUGUAUUUAAAUAAACAUGUGCUUUGGGAGAACAAAAUAUUAAAACAAGGUUCUAUCACAGCUUUGAUUUUUAUUUUUUCUUCCAACCUUGCCCUGUGAUUCUGAUGUAUAAUUUCUCACAAAUCAAUAAAAACAUACUGGUUA